CCUGCUCCGCGUCCUCGGCGCGUGCGCCUCUCAGGCAGCGCGUCGGGCAGCCCUCGCUCGGGCGCGCCGCGGGCUUCUCAGGACCCCGCGUCGGCCGCCUAGGGCCGGUGGACGCGGCGGCGGCGGCGGUGGCUGUGCGGAGUUUCUCUUCCCGCCGCGCUCGCAGCCCUGGCUAACGGACGGGCGGCCGGCGCCAUGUCUGUGAGCGAGAUAUUCGUGGAGCUGCAGGGCUUCCUGGCUGCGGAGCAGGACAUCCGAGAGGAGAUCCGGAAGGUGGUGCAGAACUUGGAGCAGACCGCCCGGGAGAUCCUCACGCUGCUGCAGGGCGUCCAUCAGGGCUCCGGCUUCCAGGACAUUCCAAAGAGGUGUUUGAAGGCACGAGAACAUUUCAGUACAGUGAAAACACAUCUCACGUCGCUGAAGACCAAGUUCCCUGCCGGGCAGUAUUACAGAUUCCACGAGCACUGGAGGUUUGUGCUGCAGCGCCUGGUCUUCCUGGCGGCGUUCGUGGUGUAUCUGGAGACAGAGACGCUGGUGACCCGGGAAGCCGUGACAGAGAUUCUGGGCAUUGAGCCAGACCGGGAGAAGGGCUUUCACCUGGACGUGGAGGACUAUCUCUCAGGAGUUCUCAUUCUCGCCAGUGAACUGUCGAGGCUGUCAGUCAACAGCGUGACUGCGGGAGACUACUCCAGGCCCCUUCACAUCUCCACCUUCAUCAACGAGCUGGAUUCCGGAUUCCGCCUUCUCAACCUGAAGAAUGACUCGCUGAGGAAGCGCUAUGACGGCCUCAAGUACGACGUGAAGAAGGUGGAGGAGGUGGUCUAUGACCUGUCCAUCCGGGGCUUUAAUAAGGAGACGGCGGCUGGUGCAGAGAAGUAGGAGGCCCCUGCCCCUGCCUCCCUGCUCCUGGCCUUGCUGACCUCACGGUGCCCGGGGAGCGGUGAGCAGAGUGCCUCUUAGGGUAGCUAGGAUGCCCAGUUGCUCAACACUGCGCUUUAUAUUCUUAGCCGGCUGUGGUGUGGCGUCAGUGCACACACACGGACAGUCUGUUAUUUCAGUGGGUCUGCUCUGUUGCUCCGUGUAUUUUAGUUCUGUCACAGAGUGUCAGUGUCAGUCUCUUGGUAAAGUUGUUUUCCUGCAUACCCGACUGUGAGAAGUCUGUUUUGUUUGUGAUUCUUCCAGAUACGAUGCUUCAUGUUUUCUUUAUCCAAAUUAGCCAUCCACACCAGUAUACAGAUAAUUAAAGAGAAUGGUUGCCAAGGAAGGAAAACGUCCUACCUUCUGUUAAGCCUGUUCUUGUUAAGGGGGUGCAGCCCCGAGUUCUAAACCGCCAUCAGCAAAGCUGCGAAGUCCGGCUGAACAGGUUCUGUUGCACAGUGCUUGCGUUGGGGCUUAGUACUGUGCUGCCGUUUGGCUCUGCCAGGUGGGAGGAGGGCCUAACGCCGGAGAACAGUUCUGUGUCUGAUUCUGCCUUAACAUGGCAGCCAUGGAGAACCGUUAUCACACACGUCUUGAGCUAGCACCCGGUGUGAUACUGUCCUAGAUGGGCAACCUUUGUCCUGGUGGCCAGCUGGACUGGCCUGGGCAUUAGCACUACCCCAGCCAGCAUGUUCUCUAACAGUGCUGUGCUUUGGCAGAGGCAAGACCUUGCGUCCCAAAUAAAAGCUUGGUUGGGCAAUGUUCAUUUUUAGGGCAAGGAGUUGUGUGUGUUGAAGGCCCUCUGACAGUUGAGUUGGGUAUUUGCAGAUUGGCUAGGCUCUGCCAUCCUUCCCCACUCGGGCUUGCCAGGUAACGUGCUGCUGAGUGGGUGACCAUGGUGCCUUGACGCUCCAGGGAAGGUGCAGGUGCCAGGAAGAGUCACUUCAGCACUGCUGAGCCCUGGGGUCUGUAGAGUCGAGUCGUGGGCAUUACCCGUGUGUGUGUUGGCCACAUCAGGACGAGAGGGAGAGUCACUGUCGGUUGGAUUUCAGAACGGUUUUCUAGACGGCGCUUUCCCAGGAGAGUUGCUAGGUUUUGAAAGGUGCCUCGGGCAGUCACUUAAAGUGCAGCGAUGCACCUCGCGGGUGGAGCAGGAAAGCCCAGACGGUGACGGGCUCGGGCUGUGGGAACGGUGCAGGGGAAGCACAUUUUAGUUUGGUAAUUCCAUCGGAGAAUUUAGAAGUGUCUUGUUUGUAAUUAUUUGUGUGUGUUGCUGGCUUCUUGUAAAGCAAUAAACAUUCUUUUGGUCCUUUUGUA